UUUUCUACAGGUGCGUAACUGGGAGAAAAACCUCCAAAUGGCACAAGAGGAGAACACUGUGGAUAGCCUGUGUGCUCAGGCUGAGGAGCAUCUGAAACACCACAGGGAACACCUGCUCAAAUCAGGCGAGCGGUUGAGGAGUGAGAACGUGGACGCUCUGCUGCACCGCCUGGACGAGGCGGCUGCUUAUUAUGCAUCAGCUAUCGCCCUCAGUCCCAAAAAUGCCAAACUCCACUUUCUGCUGGGUCUCGUUUUGGAGGAGCACCACAACACCACCCAGGUUUACGGCUCUCCGAAAAAGGCUGAUAAGGACAAAGAUGAAAUAAGUGAGGCCAAGUCUUCGGCCCAUCAGGACGACAUCCUGGCUGUGUGUAAGCUGCAUGGCUUCCAUGGCAUGCCCUCCGUGGAGAACCAGCUGCAGGCCUUGGAUAAGGAGUAUCACCAGCUGAAAGACCAGGGACAGUUCAGCAAGUCAGACUAUGUGCAGACCCUUUACCUCUGGCUGUCCAAGCAUGCUGCCAAGGAUCGCAACAUAGUGAUGCAAGAUGAGGAGAGCUACAUGUAUCGAUCCCUCAUGAAGUACCUGGACGCCUGGUCCCUGAGUCCAGACAGCUGGGAGUUCAGCCUCCACAUAGGGAGACUCCUGCUGCUGCAGGGGAGAAGCAAAGAGGCUUUGCAGCACGUCCAGACCGGGCUGGCGCUGCGCCCGCUGAACCCCACACUCAGAUUCUUUACAGGGCUAGCUCUGCUGCAGCAGGAGCAGAAAGCCGGCGAGGGCACGGAGAAGGAGGCUGCACUGUUCUUACAUCAGGGACUGGAGCACUUUGUCAGCCAACGCUGCAGCGAGAGUCAGGAGAACCAGGAUCCAUUCGACCCUCUGUCCAGCCUGAAUCCACAGUUUCUGCGAGGGCUUCUCACCCUGGGGCAGCUGCAGCAGAAGGCCACGUUGUCUGAGAAGUCCAUGACUCCUGAGCAGGUGUACCACAUCGUAGCGGCGCUGGCUGCCCGGAGCGUGAGUCAGUUUGUGUGCCGCAGCGAGGCGAGCAGGCAGCUGGAGUGGGUGCUGCUGGAUGCUCACUUCGCCCUGCUGCAGAGACUGAUCCAGCAGGGCGAGCAGCAGGCAAAGGCGGCCGUCGACACGCAGGCCCUGGUGGCGAAGAGGUGCCAGGCCCUCACCGCUCUCAUCCGCCUGACCACCAUCUCUCCUUGCCAGGAGCUGCUGGACAUGCAGGAGAGAACGUGCCAGCUGGCGGUGAUCACCUCUCCGCGGGACAGCCGAGCUCUGUGUCACCUCGGAGUGGCCCAGCUGGCUCAGUACGAUAGCAACCCAAACUCAGACAGGUCAAAUGAGGUCCUGAGCGACGCCCGCCUCAGCUUCCAGGCCAGCAUCGAGCUGGAAGACAAACCUCUGAGUGGAGAUCCACCUGAACCGUUGGGCAAACAGAAGUGGUGGCAGCAGCAUCUGGAGGUUAAAAACAAGAAGGCAGCCGCGCAGGCCGGCCCUCAACCAGCCCAAGCUCCAGCUUGCAAGACCGUGCAAGUCAGGGAUGCCAAACUGGGCAGAGGAGGUCCGAUUCAGGGACGGGCCCCUGUGUCCAGACCUCCGCCGGCUGCUCCCCCAGCCCCCGUCAGAGGAGGGAAGGUGCUUCAGCCUCCAGCUAGAAUUCCUCCAGUCAAGGGGAGACCUGGUGCAGCUGUUAAACCAGAUACAGCAGCUAAACCAGGCAGCGACGAUACUAAAGCCAAGCUCCCUGCUAGCAAGCCUGAACAGGAUUCUGGUCCCGAGACUGUUGAAACUGCUGAGGUCCCUCCAGUAGAAAACACAGCCAGCGCGUCGGGCCCAUUGAACCCCAGGUCUCAUGUAUCGCGGCUCGGUCUGGCUCGGGCCUUCUCACGCUCUGCAGACACCCAGGAUCAGGCGAAGCACUUCUACAAAGAGGUCAUCGCCAUGGCGCCGGGGAUCCACGACGCGUACAUCGAGCUCGUGAAGCUGGUGGAGCCCUCGGACCCGGAGGCUGCGCUGGACGUGUACUGCGGGUUCCCUCUGAAGGACGUGGCCGAGCAGAGCUUCGACGACGCCUUCAUCACCGGGGAGAUCGUCCGCCUGCUGAUGUCACAGCAGCUGUUCGACCACCCACAGCUGGGCCCCAGCCUGGUCGCAUACGGCAAAGUCAUGGGGCUAAGCGUCAUAGAAAAGUACAUCGACAUUCUGGACGAGAAGUCAAAGACGUCGCUGCUGAAGAGCAUCUACGCGAAAAUCAACAACAGACAGGAGGACGACCCGGAUCUGCAGGACUUCUUCAGAUUCAAAUGCUGGAUCUGAGCUGCGUUUCCCUUUCCCUCUCAGGCUGUCUUGUUCUUUGUGUUGAUGAAGAUGUUUUUAUUUAACUGAGAUGUCAUAUUUUUGUCACGUAGCACAGAGGAUAUAGGUAAAUCUCUCUUUUUUUUUUUUUUUAAAGAACACUUUUAAUCUAGAAACAGUUUUCAUUGUUAAAAAAAAAAAAGUCAUGUUAGAACACAGACCUAACAAAAUGUACAUGAAAGACGGGAAUUUUAGCGAGAAUAAAUCUGCACCUUGA